UCAGGUAAUAUGAUGACAACCUGGAUGAUAACCCAUCCCGAGUAACCCUGUUCGUCAACAAAUUCCCAUCAUGUACCCUGCUUGCACCUCCUCCGCGGCUCCUCCACCUCAUCACAACAGUGCCAUUUUAUGACCAGCGCAACCCCAGUUCCGCCCUGAAACGCCAUCGUCAGGCCCCUGGACGAAAGCAAACCGCCACAAAAACGCCCCCCAAUCGGCCUUAUUAUCAGCCCGCCGUAUCACCACGCGAUACCUCUCCUCGCCAUGGGAAUUGUCUAUGUACAGUACUUCGAAGCCAGGUGCACCACACGCGACAUACCACACAUUGAUUUGCCAGCCUGUUCGUCCAGGCGACCAGCUGUACAUCGACGUACCGCACAAACCCCAUGCAUGCAUGAAUGGGAGAAAGGAUUAUACGACGAUGAUGAGUUUCGGCUCUGGGGUUCCUUUCCUUGCAACACGGUUAGGAGCCGCCAUGUGCGUGGUUGUGAUGAUACAGGACUCGGUCAAAUUGGACAGGGGACUACAGCCGCUUAACAAACACGAGCUGACUUCUCCGUCCUUUGAUAUGAAAUUGUCUCUAUCUGAUUGAUAAAUGUCGUGUUAUUACAGAUAGGGAAGAUUUGGAAAAGGCUCGUCUUGUGUUUAGUCACCGGGUUAUGAGUACUGCAG